CAUAAUCCUGCAGUUUGCUGCACAGUGUAAAGUUUGCUCGACCUGAGAAAGAAUGAAUAAUAAGCUCAUUUUCUUACUCAAUUGAAUUACUUCAGCAAAUGGUUGUAUCUUCAGCUAGAUACUCUAAUCGGGUGCUUCGAAGACUAUCACUUUGUCUGGACUUUUAGGCUGGCGGCAAAAAGAAAAAAAAAAAAUUGUUCCGCCCCGCGAUUGCCCCUCCAUCAAUCACGACAUCACGACAUUCGUGACUCACGGGGACCCUCCGGACUGCAGAGGGCAAAAAAAAUAAAUAACGAAGAAAGAAUUGAGUCAAUUAAUCAACGCAAACCCCGAAUCGCCGGGUUCCAACCGAACUGCCCAUUGGCCUAAGGAACUACUGCUUUCGUGACGGUCCGAUUCCGGAGUAGACUGAGCCAACCUUGAAGGGCUUAGCUAAUUUGCUCAAUUAUUCUUCUUCGUCUCGUCAUUUCCAUCCUUCCUUUACCACAACCUUCUUUGUGGAACUCCCUCCCGUAUCUUCAGUUCAAUUCUCGACACCUCAUUCAUUCCUCCGCCUAUCCUUCCACACCCACGACAUGACGUCGGCAAGAGAUAUUCGUCCUCGCGCGGACGACCUGGCUGCUCAGGCCCAGUACCUCUCGACCUCCCCCUCUGCCUCCUUCCACUCUCCCUCCAGCCACGGCUCGGCCCUGACGCGGACGGUUCCUCUGGUCAAUGCGAAGCACUUGAAGCCCUUUGCCACUGAGGACAUCAAGGUCUUGCUUCUGGAGAAUGUCAACCAGGCUGGCCGCGAUAUUCUGAAGCAGCAGGGCUACCAAGUGGAAUUCCUCAAGUCGUCUCUUCCGGAAGACCAGCUGAUUGAGAAGAUUCGUGACGUUCAUGUGAUCGGUAUCCGCUCCAAGACCAAGCUCUCGGCGCGAGUUCUCAAGGAGGCCAAGAACUUGAUCGUGAUCGGAUGCUUCUGCAUUGGUACCAACCAGGUCGAUCUCCAGUAUGCCGCCGAACACGGUAUUGCCGUCUUCAACUCUCCUUUCAGCAACUCCCGCAGUGUCGCCGAGCUGGUCAUUGGCGAGAUCAUUUGCCUUGCUCGCCAAUUGGGUGACCGCUCCAACGAAAUGCACAGCGGAACCUGGAACAAGGUCAGCAACAAGUGCUGGGAGAUUCGUGGAAAGACUCUGGGUAUUGUCGGAUAUGGUCACAUUGGCGCUCAGCUGUCAGUACUGGCAGAGUCCAUGGGCAUGUCUGUCAUCUUCUACGACGUUCUCAACCUCAUGGCUCUGGGCACCGCCCGUCAGGUCAACACUCUGGAGGCACUCCUGGGUGAGGCCGAUUUCGUCACCUGCCACGUUCCCGAGCUUCCCGAGACCAAGGGCAUGAUCGGUCAGAAGCAGUUCGAACAGAUGAAGCCCGGUAGCUACUUGAUCAACGCUAGCCGUGGUACCGUCGUGGAUAUCCCCGCCCUCAUUGAGGCCAUGCGCAGCGGCAAGGUUGCCGGUGCCGCUCUUGAUGUGUACCCCAACGAGCCCGCUGGCAACGGUGACUACUUCAACAACGAGCUGAACACCUGGGGUGCCGAUCUGCGGUCGCUGAAGAACUUGAUCCUGACCCCUCACAUUGGAGGAUCCACCGAGGAGGCCCAGAGUGCUAUUGGUGUCGAGGUUGCCACGGCUCUGACUCGUUACGUCAACGAGGGUACCACCCUCGGUGCCGUCAACUUGCCCGAGGUUGCCCUCCGUUCUUUGACCAUUGAUGAGCCCAGCCACGCUCGGGUGGUUUACAUUCACAAGAACAUUCCCGGUGUGUUGCGCAAGGUCAACGAGAUUCUUGGCGACCACAACGUCGACAAGCAGAUGACCGAUAGCCGAGGCGACGUUGCCUAUUUGAUGGCUGAUAUUAGCGAUGUCAACUCCACGCAAAUCAAGGAACUGUACCAGAGCCUCGAGAGCCUCAAUUCUCGUAUCAUGACCCGCAUUCUGUACUAGACAGCGCAUCGAAAAAAACGCGCUAUUGUAAUCAACUUGACAUGUUUGGAAUCUACACGGUGAUUCAAAUCUCACGAUUUUAGGGUGAGGGGCCCUUUCAACGAGGUCCCUCAAGGAUUAUUCUUUGCAAAUACCUUUUGUUCUUUCUUAUUAUAUUUGUUCCGGCGAUGGUAUCGUUUUGUGAUUCAUGCGACCAAAAUCUACAGUGGCAACCUCAAAAGUUUGAAAGAAGAUUCUUACAUGCUUUGGGAAAAGCUUCAUAUAUUACUUGAUCCAGUUUGCAAUGUUUCUUUGGCGUAGUCUCCAAGGGCGUGGUGUAAGACGUUCGUCUGACUUUUCAUUGGAGAGUUCUAAAUUUCUCGAGGCACUAGUCUGUGUGAAAUCAAGGACAUGUACUGAUAACUUUUGUUUAUUAGAGGUUAGAUAAAAGUCAUAACAUGGAACGGGUUUGAUUUAGAUAUUUGGGGUUCUAGGUAUACGAGGGCAUGACGUUAUGCAGGCCAGUCAUGUAGAAUGCAUCAUCGCUAGCCUUGAGCGUGCGAGAGCCUCGUCUUUGUUGUGGGUCCUAAUAGUCGUCUUCGAAAGAUCGACUCCUUGGUCGAGUGUAUCAGAUGGAAUGGGAGGAACGGAUGGCGGAGGAUAGGGAGGUACGGAGGGAAAGAGGUAUCGGAGGAUAGGAGGAAUAGGUAUACAAAAUCAAAGGUUCAAAGUGUGAAUAUCUUCAGCCUCGGGCCGGAUCUCUGUAACCAGGACUCCGGCUUCUCCUCCGAGGCGGUUCCCGGCGAUAGUCACGUCGAUUUCCUCCUCGCCAAUCUUGAUUGGAUUGAGGAUUGUAAUCACCAGAUUCUCGCCCACGGUCGUGAGCACUACCUCCGUAGCUAGGGACGUACGAGUCAAGAUGGUGGUUGCUUUGAGGAAUUCUACCACCGGGACGACCUUGACCCUGAUUGGACCGAUCGCGACGCUGGUCAUCUCGCCCGUCGGACCUGCCACUCUGUGAUCCUUCCCACGGCGGAGGAGCCGCAGAGGGCGGACGCGGAGGAAGCCCGCUCUCACGUUGAGGCGGGAAGGGUCCACGUCGGUGGGGAACACCCGGGGGACCAUUGGGUCGACCACCACGGGCGGCUCCCGGUAUCCGACUGUGAUUGCUGUUGCGGGAGUCUGGCCGAGAUCCGGGUCCGGUCCAUCCUCCAUUGGAUGUAGGGUCGGUAGAUCCCAUUGCCGGGGCUGGGGGCAUAGGAGCGCGCUGGUCGCGGAACUUCUUUCGGUCCAACUCGUGGGAGUCCUGGUAAUGAGGAAUCUCGCCAGGCUUUGCGGGAAGGGGAGGUGUGGUGAAAUAUGGGUGUUUCAAUGCAUCGAUGGCAUUGAUUCGUUUGCGCCAGUCCAGCUUGAGAAGCUCUGUCAGGAGAGAGACGGCCACGGGGC